AUGACUGCAGGACAGAUGGCUGUGCAGGCAAACGAUCUACGAGAUUGCAGCGGUAUUUCCGUUUCUACGAAGCGGUCGUCUGGCCCGACAAUGCCAUUCAUCGUGCGACACGUCUGUCAACAGACGAUGAUCAGCAUCUUCAAGUUAUCACCUAUUUUGAGAUCGAAUCCAGACAUCACACGACACGGGCUCAGCCAGCAGAUCCAGUCCACCGAUAAUAGCAUGCCCUAUAUGGCCAUUGCUUCUUUGAUCGAUAGGUCGAUUAACAUCAUGACCAUGGUAGAUUGCUCUUCCAUUUAUCAGUCAUCUGGGAGACUUGGCAGGAGUGACGUUGGUUUCCGCUGGAAUGACAAUACCCCUUUUGCGCAAUUUCUUGAGCAGGCCUUCCCACGCCGAAACCACUCGGUACUUAGCUUCCCCAGCGAUGCAGCAUACUCCCGCUUCCGAAAUGAGCUCAGAGCCGACAGGUUGAAAGAUCGACUGGGGCUCUCAUUUAGAGCCACCAGCAACCUGAGAGACCAUCUCAAAUUCGACCGACAAUCUAAUAUACUGCAAAUCUAUUAUUAUACCUCGUUCCUCAAGGAGCAAUUGAGACUGACCAAAUCAGCGCCUCGAGACAUGGAUAUGCCGGCAUCCCUGAAGUUUUCCAAAGGUGCUCUCCCGAGGCAACUCAUGUUGGAGACGCUCGAUUCCGUACAGGGUAUGCUAUUCCCUUUGACUCGAACAAAACCAUGGCGGCUCCUAGGUCCACUCAUAGAAGGCAACGAGCAAUGGGAUGCCGACGUAAAAAACUACGACCACGUCGAAUUCCGCAGACCAGACGAACAGCAGAUCCCAUUCUACUACCUCGCCGAACGUCUUUCAGAACUGCGCAACGAGAUGGAAGACCCGAUGCCGCGGGGCUGGUUAGAGCAGAAGAUUAAGGAGCGGAGCUCAGAUCGCCACAUGAUGACGGCAACAUUGGUCGGCGUCGUUUUCGCUGUCUUUCUGGGGGCAUUGUCACUUGCUGUGAGCGCAUAUCAAGCUUGGAUAGCAUACCAGGCCUGGAAACACCCUAUCAACCCGAGCAAGUGA